CCCAAAAUGUCUGCACCCUACAAACUCAUGGACAGGAGAUUGUUAUUGUGAUUUUUUUAUCCUGACAGUCCACCAAUGUGACAAUGACCUGCACUUUAUUAACGAUUCAUCCUCUUCUCAUCAUGCUGUGAGCUUACCUGUGAAAACAUGUGGUUUUCUUUAGUCAGCCGGGGCUGUGAAAUGCCCGUGUUAAGACAUGUUUUGCAGGUCAAAAUGUACAGAAGGAAAAUGCCAAGCUAUAACAUGAGUUACUCAGUGUUGAGACACCGCUGGAUGAAAAGGCUUCCUGCUCUGUCCUGCAGCUUCAACAUGAUGAGCACACAAACAGACAAGGACAUCGUCGACCUGUCCAAGUUCCCCGUGGACAGAAUCAGGAAUUUUUGCAUCAUUGCUCACAUUGAUCAUGGAAAAAGCACUUUGGCUGACAGGCUGCUGGAGAUAACAGGCGCCAUAGCAAAGACAGAGAAGAACAAACAGGUGCUGGACAAACUCCAGGUGGAACGAGAGAGAGGGAUAACAGUGAAAGCCCAGACAGCUUCGUUGUUUUACAACCACGACGGCCAGCAGUACCUCCUGAACCUCAUCGACACACCGGGUCAUGUUGACUUCAGUUACGAAGUGUCUCGAUCGAUCUCUGCGUGCCAGGGUGUGCUGCUGAUCGUCGACGCCAACCAGGGGAUUCAGGCACAGACGGUGGCUAAUUUCUACCUGGCCUUUGAAGCUCAGCUGGCAAUCAUCCCCGUCAUCAACAAGAUCGAUUUGAAAAACGCUGAUCCGGAGAGAGUGGAGGCACAGGUUGAAAGGGUGUUUGAUAUUCCAGGGGAUGAGUGCAUCAGGAUUUCAGCUAAACUUGGAACGAAUGUUGAAAAUGUUCUCCGAGCAGUUGUGGAAAGAAUUCCACCGCCUGCAGCAAGCUUAGAUGAUCCUUUCAGAGCCCUGGUGUUUGACUCCAACUUCGACCACUACAGAGGGGUGGUGGCCAACAUCGCUGUGUUCGGAGGUCAGGUCAAAAAAGGCGACAAAAUCGUGUCAGCGUAUCUCGGCAAAACCUACGAGGUCAACGAGCUGGGGCUUCUGCGGCCAGAUGAGCACCCGACACAGAAACUGUUUGCUGGCCAGGUGGGCUACAUCAUAGCCGGCAUGAAGGACGUGAAGGAGGCCCAGAUCGGUGACACGCUCCACCUCCUGGAUCAGCCGGUGGAGGCUCUUCCAGGGUUUAAGCCGGCCAAACCCAUGGUCUUUGCUGGCAUGUAUCCGAUGGACCAGUCAGAGUACCAAGGCCUUCGCAGCGCCAUUGAGAGGCUGACCCUGAAUGACUCAAGUGUCACAGUGCAGAGAGACAGCAGUCUGGCCCUGGGAGCAGGCUGGAGACUUGGCUUCCUGGGACUUCUUCAUAUGGAGGUGUUCAAUCAGAGGCUGGAGCAGGAAUACAAUGCUUCUGUUAUUGUUACAGCUCCCACCGUGCCCUACAAGGCUAUCCUGUCUUCAGCCAAACUCAUCAAGGAGCACGGCAGCGAAGAGAUAACCAUCGUGAACCCGGCUCACUUCCCUGACGGAUCGGUCGUGUCAGAGUAUUUGGAGCCCAUGGUGCUGGGGACCAUUCUCGCCCCGGAGGCUUACACCGGCAAGAUUAUGACUCUCUGCCUGAAUCGCAGAGCCACCCAGAAGUCCAUGGUGUACAUAGACGACCAGCGUGUCAUGAUGAAGUAUCUCUUCCCUUUAAAUGAAAUUGUUGUGGAUUUCUACGACCUCCUCAAAUCGCUGUCUUCUGGAUACGCCAGUUUUGAUUAUGAGAAUGCGGGCUACCAGACUGCUGAUCUGAUAAAGAUGGAUUUUCUCCUGAAUGGACGUUCUGUGGAAGAGCUCACCACUAUUGUACACAAGAAAGGCGCAUACAGUACAGGUAAAGCCAUGUGUGAGCGACUCAAAGACUCCAUACCGAGGCAGAUGUUUGAGAUUGCCGUGCAGGCUGCUAUUGGGAGUAAAGUCAUCGCAAGAGAGACAAUAAAGGCGUACAGAAAGAAUGUUCUCGCAAAAUGUUACGGAGGUGACGUAACACGGAAGAUGAAACUACUGAAGAAACAGGCAGAGGGCAAGAAGAAGAUGAGGCGUAUCGGCAACGUGGACGUCCCCAAAGACGCCUUCAUUAAUGUUCUGAAGAGGAAAGACAAAUAAAUGCAAUACUGUCAGUAUAUUAUUAGGAAAUAUUAUUAUUGUAUUCAACAGUUCUUUGUUACUGGAAGACUGAAUAAAGAGGUCAGUUGUGCUGA